AUGCCCCUUGUUGUAUUUACCGGUCUCCCCGGGUCGGGCAAGACCACUUACGCUCGCAAGCUCAUCGCUCAUCUCGAGGACAGUAUAGCCAAAGCCAAGGCGGAAGACCUCCCUGGACACAAUUACUCGGUGGUGUACCACACCGAUGAAACCUUGGGCAUCACCCCGGACCGCUACCGCGAGCUGGUGCUGGAGAAACUGCUCCGUGGCGCCCAGAUGCUGGCAGUGAAGCGGGACUUGCUGCCCCACACCAUCGUCGUCCUCGAUCUGUUGUGCUACAUCAAGGGUUUCCGCUACCAGCUCUACUGUGAGGCCAAAAACAUCCCCACUCCGCACUGCGUUAUCCACGUCAUCGCCCCAGCCUCCCAGUGUAUCGAAUGGGACGACGGUAAGUGGGGCCCCGAGCUUAUAAACCAGUUGGCUAUGCGCUACGAAGAACCUAACGGCACCACCAGGUGGGAUCUGCCGCUUUUCUCCGUGGUGGCUCCGGAAAACGACCCGUUACCCGUCGACGAUAUUUGGGAGACUCUCGUGUUGAAAAAGCCUCCUACUGCCAACGCCCUGACGGUGACUAAAGCCGUAGGGCUGAAUGAUUACCUCCAACAAUUAGACAAGCAGACGCUGGCGGUGGUGGGGCAAAUCUUGGCCCAGCAGAACUUGGGUGGUGGCGACGUCAAGAUCUCUGAAGGGGUCGUGGUGGAGAUGCCACCCACUCUGGUUUCCACGGGCCAGCUCCAACGUAUCCGUCGUACCUAUAUCGGUCUCAACCGUAUGCGUACCGUCGACGUCGAUCGCAUUACCCCGUUGUUCGUGGAAUACCUUAAUAAGAGUUUGAACGAGUAA